AUGGUGGUCGCCGGUGGCGGCAACAGCAACAACAACAGCGGCGGCGGCAACGACCGGCCGGGCGCCGGCGAGAAAGGCCCCGGGGAGGCCGGGGAGCCGGGCGCCUCGCCGGCCAAGCGCACGGCGGCGGCGACGCGGCGCAAGCAGUUCUACGUCAACCGCGCCGUGCGCAACUCCGACCUCGUGCGGCAGGGCAAGGGGCGCCAGCGCCUGCGCCGGCAGGAGAACGCUCACUACCUCAUGAACCUCGUGGACAAGAUGGACCCCUGCGGCGCGGAGGACGCGGACGAGAGCGACGCGAGGCCCAACUCCAUCUUCUCCGAGGUGCUCACCAAGGAGGACUACAUCCAGAUCUGGAACGACUUCAUGAACCGGCCCGGGGAGGAGCAGGAGCGGCUCCUGCGAGGACUCGACGUGGAGGAGGCGGUGGGGAGCAAACUCGACCCGCACGGCGCCACCCACGAGCCGCUGCCGUACAGCCCCAAGGAGUGCUACGACCGGAUCGACAAGCACAUCCGCCUGACGCUGCGCAAGAAGCGAGUUCCCCUGGGUACGCUGGAGUUCCUGGAGGAGAAUGUGACCACUUUCUUCUGCUCCUGCCCAGAGGCUGUGUACCUGGCCAUGCUUGAGAACAGCUUUGAGCGAAUGCUACUUCACGGCCUGUGCCAGUACCUGGACCUCGCCUCCUCCAGCUGCAAUCGCGAUGGGCGCCGCCAGACGCGCGUGGUGAACAAGCACCGGGUGUUCGAGCCUCCCGGCCUGGCGCUCUCCGCCUUCCUCGGCCUUCACGCCUAGAGCGGGCGCCAGCCCCGUCGCUCACGCGCACGCCCGCCAGGCCCAACCGCACGCACCCGCCACCAUCCGCCACCGUCCGCCACCAUCCGCCACCGUCCGCCACCGCCGCCACCGCCGUGGACUUCCAUUUUACCCCAAACGUUACCCGUCGAAGGUUUUUGCGCGCGUUACUUUCGACGCGGCGUUCGCGCGACCAGGCCUGAGGUCCUCCGCUCGGUGGCGGCCGCCGCGAACGCCGGUCCCCAGUUUGAUUUCCCGGUCUCGUCGGCGGCCCCGAAGGUACCGAUUCGCGAGCCGCUCUUGCUCACCGGACGCACCCCGAUCGUCGCGCGCCGAUCGCGAGCACGGGCGUCGGUGGUUUUAAUUGGCGAUCGUCGCAUGCUGCCCAGUGUUCCUCUUCAGUUGGAACGGAGCGGCUUUAAUUUAAAUAUCGAGUCCCGUGCCUUCCGCACGUCCUCGAGGAAUCUCCUAAGGCCCCAAAUAACCCCGUCGGGACGCGCCACGACGCACGCGCGUCGCGUCUCUCUUUGCUCGCUUGAACAAAACCGUGCCGGCCGUUGCCCAGCGUCGGCGAUGUCGCUACGGCAACGCGGGCAUCGUGGGAUGCCCGCGUUGCCGUAGCGACGUGAUCGAUGCGGGCCGCCCUCCCGUACCGCCCCGUCCGCUUCGGGUUGAGGAAUUCCAGUCCCGAGCGCGGUGGCGUUUUGAUGUUCCCAUGAUGAUCUCCCAUCAUGGUCCCCCAUCUCCUCAAAGGUGCUCUACGUGAACGCGCGAAGAGAAAGCAACACAACGGGUCUGGGGUGAUUUAGCCUCGGCGCGCGUUCAGCCCCAGCGGACGUGCAGGAGGUUCCGCGGAGCUGCGGAAGACGGCAGUCACGAGGUCGUGCGUGUGUGUGGCCUGGUUUGCUGGUGCGUGUGCGUCUGUCUGUGUGUGUGUACGUCUGUGUGUGUGUACGUCUGUGUGUGUGUGUACGUCUGUGUGCGUGCGUGCGUCUUUGUACAUGUGUGUGCGUGCAUCUAUGUGUUUGUACGUGUUCGUGCGUGUGUGCGUGUCUGCGUGCGUGUGUAUGUUCGUCUGUGUGCGUGUACGUCCGUGUGUCUCUGUACGUGUGCGUGCGUGCGCACGCGUGUUUGGUUCGCUGGCGUGAGCGCGACACACGCGCGUGUGGUGCCACGCCGGCGCUCUGCGCGUAUUUAUCGCCUCGUUUUACCUUCACGAAUGUAAUCAUCGCGUUGCAUGUAUUUAUGAUUGUUACGUGGAUUUUAUUGAUUUUCUUAGUUUGCGUCGGUUAUCGUUAGGGUGGGGAAGCGGCAGGGGCGGUGGAUGAAGGCUUGUGGAGAGGUCUUCAUCCAGCAGUGGAUUGACCAAGGCCGAGGAUGAUGAUGACGACGACGACAACGAUGAUGACAUGUUCAGCAGUUGGCCAAACACCGCAAUAUAGGACAACAGAACUCGGGCAAUCGUUUGGCACCCAUCCUGGCUGCCUUCGCCAGGCGCGUCUGUAGUUUCCUGUGCCUGUGAAUAAUUCUCUCCAAGGCGGUAAAACGAAACCUGUGUGCGUGCGUGCGCGCGUCACAAAUUCUACAUGAAAUGUCAAUUUUGGGGGACAAGGGUGGGUGGCAGCGUGGUUUCACCCUCGGGCGCAAAGCGAAUGUCAAAAAGGAACUUAAGGCCGAAACAGGAGGAGGACUUUCUCCACAUCUCUCUGGCUGUCCGCCCGGCAAUGGCGGUUGUUGUAAUUACUGGCGACACGUCACGGUACUCGAAUUGUAAAUGUCAUCGUGGGUUAACUCUGCGACGCACAGCCGGUGUGUGCUGAACUAGUAACGAAUUGGCUACGUUUUGUUUAUGUGACAAACCCCUCGCUUAUCGGCCGUGUCGGGGCGGUGGCGAGGUUUCACGACACCGUUUAUAUUUACGCGAUCGAACCCAAACAAAACCUCUAAAUGUAACCAUUGCCGAUGAGCUCGUUCUUCACGUAACCGUCAGGGACGUGGUCACGUGCACAGCAGCCCACGCACCACGUGCCAGCUGCUCAACUACUCGCCCAGGGGCGCGGACAGAAGCCGUCACAGGCGACGAUUAAGCUGCUCGAUGUCGGGAGCGAUUGAAACCCGGUUCCGUUUGGUUCCGGGGCCGGAUUCACAGCGCGCGUUAGAACCACGCGCGUUAGAACCACGCGCGUUAGAACCGAUGUCUUCGUUUUAAUAUUCACGAUUCUGGUAGCGACGAGUGAACCGCUACGUCCGCCACAAUGUUUUUAUUUUUUCAAAUUGAUUUUUGGAUCUACUCACGAUUCCGAAACGUGGCAAAUCAUGAAGAAUGUCUGCGACCGGUGACUCUGACCCUUUGCACUGCUCAGUGUCGCGCCGAUCGUUCGUAUGUGAUGGGAUUGAACACCGGGAUUGCUGCACUCCGUAAAAGUGAAAUAAUCUGGGGGGCUAUUUUCGCAAAUUGCCAUCGGGCUUCUGAGCAAGCGGCAAAGCGUCAGGAGAGACCUUGACGCUAGAAUAAUGUACGCGGCGCGAUGAGAUGGUAGCGCUGCGCGUUAAAGACUCUCGCAGCGUUAUUGUGCGUUUUUUAAGGGGACCGUUGACGUGACGUUUUGUUAAACCGGCGACGAUUAGGCGGCCGGGUAACGGCUUCUUCGCUCCGCACGCCCAAGCAGGGUCUCUUGUUUUCUCAGUGUGACCUAUCCAGAACAAUUUACACCCACAGACUGGAGGGCAAAGCACUUGUCCCCAGCGAGGCUGAAGCCUUAAACACACACCGAUAGCCCCGCAUCUGUAACGAGAAUCACUCGCAGCGCCGCCGAGAUAAGGGGAAGAAGGACAGCGCGGGGUCCACCCACGCCUAAACGAUCGGUCGCGUUGACGUCUCCGCAAUCGGCCGCUCGCAGUAGAGACUGACGCGACCUACGAGCGUCGAUCCGCUCGGAGGUUUUGGCCCAAACGUCGUCGUCGUCGUCAACAUCAUCAUCGACCGCUGCGUAGGUGGCGAAGUGCUCGUUGCGUGAACCAGCGAGCCCCUCGUUGUGGGAGGCCUCCUGGAUGGUGCCGUGACGGUGACGGUGACGGUGCCGUGACGGUGCCGUGACGGUGCCGUGGUGAGACUGGCGCUGUCAGCCCGCAUGGGUAGAAGCGGGUCGCGGUACGAGCGAGGAAGCUGACGCUCCGUCCUCGCGACGUGGUGGGUGCGGGGAGUCUCCCAAACAUUCCAGGUGCUGAAACAUCUCACCGCAGACCUCUCAGUCGGGAUCACAAUCACACAAGCAGCAGCAGCGAUCAUCACCCCUCCCGGCCGCCCCCUACUUUGACAACCUUGGCAGGACCCUCAUGAAAAAGAGUUGAGACUGGGUGAGGCUUUCCUGGGUAAGCAAGGGUAAUAAUGAUACUAAAUGACGUUGGUAUGUGUUGUAGGAAUCUGUUAGAUUGCUGUGGCGUGCAUUGUUUGUUUAUCACCACGAUACUAAUCGUGUUACACAGCCUGCUUGUAAGUGAUGGUGUCAAUUAGCUCUGCUUGUCAUUAUUUUAUGGGGGGACUUUGGUAGAUUUGUAUCACCCCCCAACGCUCAUUAGGCCUGGGUGUGUAUACGUGUGUUAGCAAUGAGUUUCCGAUUUAACAUCAUCUGUUCUUGUUGUAAUUUUCAGUUUGGUGCUCACUAAAGUGACGUCAUCUGAUUCCACGCGACGCCAUUUUUGGUUGAAGCAUGGCGGGCAUGACGUCAUUCUCAGUGACGUCAUUUCCCCUUUGGAUAAAAAUCCGAAACGUCAGAAAUUUCGUAUCGAGUCCCGGUUUCCGGAAUCAUCCGAAAUAUUCCCGAAAUUCGGGAACGCAUCGCCAGCUUGAUGCCUCGGGUGUCGGAGCGACUCAGUAGCCGCAAAUCCUUGCCGAGGAUUUGCGGUGCCAUUUUAAUUUUAAUAGAAUAUCGGUGAAAAUCGAGCGGAGGCGAUCGGCGCCUGUGGGCUUCUGUUAGCGGAGCGCCGGAGGAGUGGUGGCGCUGUAGCUCGGGUCUUUUAGAACGCUAUUCCCACCCCUCCAUCACGCUUGUUAUCUCACCGCCACUGGCACCACUACUCACUCGGUGAGAAUGCGCAAUUUAACUCGUCCCGUCGAAUGCCGUGCAGUGCGUGUGCAGGUUCGUCUUGUCCGAGUAUGUAUGUAGGAUGAACUUCUUCCGCACCAUACGUAGCCAACCGUGCUAAUGGAUGGGUGCGCACGCGGCAGCGCGCGCGUGUGCGCAUAGUGGUGGUGUGUGUGUGUGGCUUCAUAGGUGCUCGCUAACAGCACUCGUCCCAAAAACGUGCGCAUUGAGGGAUCUGAAACGUUUCAGAUCGUGGGCCUGCAGUGAGACCGCCGCGGACUUGCGUCUCAUGCUGGCCAGAUUUUAAUUGGAAAGUUUUUUAAUUGCGUCGGUAGCCACCCGAGUUUUGUAUCGUCGAUACAGGUGCGGGCCUGAGGGAUGCUUCAGAGAUCGCUGAUGCCGUUGCCCACGAAGGGAGCCAACCCAACCCCUCUCCACCGUGCGCGAGAGGCGGUCAGAUGCCUCGCGGAGUUCGCAACGCUCGAUGGACGAAACACCUCUCUUCGCGCCUUCGUCAAUAUCACCUCCGCACGUGUGUGGCCUUAAAAGAGCGCGUAGAGUUUGUUCUCGACGUUUUGGGCAACGGCCCUUGGCAGCACACAGAGAGGCUGGAGAGGUGGAGCGACCGUGUGCCGCGUUGUUAUAGGGUUUGAUGUUGUGGCGUGCGCACCACUGCCCAUGUAAGGCCAGCAGCAACAUCACCACCGCCGCCACCGCCGCCGGACGGCUUUGCAGUGACUUGACACCUCGAGAGAGAAUUGGACUCCAGAAACUGACAAGAGCCUUCGAAGCUCUCGCAAACCCGGGCCUUAAAUAGAAUACUAAAGUUGAAAUAUUUAUCAAGGAUACGGCAAUAAAACAUUUACAAAGAAAAUUGAACUUAUGUAUCACGUGUCGCGGUUACGCGACAGCAGGAAAGGGCCAAAAAUUAUCAUCGAAAUCCCAUGGGAGGCGUCGUUGUGGACUGGGUGGGCGACUCAAUUUCGCCAAACGUUAAGACAACGUUGGGAGGAAUUUGGUUUUUUUCGGGGGGGGGUUGGAAGAUAGGGUCUAGGUUUGUGGUGGCCCGUGAUUGUGUUCAUCCGUGCGCCGUGUACGGCUUUAAGGUGUCACCCCCCCCCCCCCCGACGCUGAGUACGUGUGUACUUUGUGGCUCAUGGUACAACCGGUGUACCGAUAGUCGAUGGAACGCCGCGUGACUCUGCCUCGACACGACACCGUAGGUUUAAAAAAAAUUUCAAAUUUUUUUUUUGGGAUGUAUUUUUCUCUAUGGGGACCUCAUUUGCCAGUAAAAAUAUGAUAAUUGGUUCUUUACCCUUCUAUCUGGCAACAAAACUGACACCUUUUUGCAAGGAGUCAUGUUUGCAUAGACCGCAAUACCUGCAGUC